UCUCUCUUUCUAUUUUUCUCAGACUUUUUUUUUCUAUAUUCAAUCUUCAAUCUCAUAUUUAUAUACCACCAAAUAAAAUCAAGAAUCUAUCAAAAUCCAAACUGAUUAUUAAAUUUUAUUUUAUUUUUUGCAAUUACAAUAAUCUUGCAAUAAAAUCUCUUCUGGUCACUUUCCAUCCCCACCAUCUUCUUCUUCCUCGCUUUGCCUCCACCUCUUCCCUUUCCCAGCCUCUUUUGAGGCUGGGUUUCCGCCGUGUUCUUCCCCACCUCCACCGCCGUCGUCUUAUUUUGCUCUAUCACUAACAGGAGAAGAAUGGUUUGUAGAUCUGCCUUGUUCUCGUUUUGCAUCGGAUUUGAUUGAUUCUUUUUUUUUUUUUAUUUUCUUUAGUCAUGCACGUAAACCCAUCAAGUUUCCCCCAGAUCGAGAGAAAAUCUUCAUUUCCUCCACAUUCACCAUUUGUUAAUACCAUGAUUUUUGAAAUUGAAAACUCCGGCGCCGCCGUUGCUGCCCCACCUGCCCCCGCCACGAAGCAAGCUUUCAAGUCUCGCAAGAUACAUAUCCAUCCACCGCCACCUUCUUCUGCCUCCUUAAACAAGGGAAAUCGUCCACUUCAUCGACACACACGUUCCGCUUCCACCGACUCAUUUCCCAGCGGCCGUUUCGCUGAACUAGCCGGAGGUACGACAGCCGAGUGUGCCUCCAUAUGCUGCUGUUGUCCAUAUACGUUAGUAAACCUUGUAUAUCUAACUGUCUACAAAGUUCCUGCUGGUCUCUGCCGCCGCGCUUUGAGGAGGAAGCGUAUGAAGGAGCUAAUCAAGAAAGGGUUGCUGCCGGUGAGGGCAAAGAGGUGCCGCUGCGUGUUUGAUGAUUCCGACAUACUAAUUCAUCCGUCGACGGGUCUCCAUGAUCUUCUCGACGUCAGGUCAGAUUCCGAGGCGGAGGAGGAGGAGGAAGCAAUUGAGAAGCUAGAGAAGGAGAUGUGGGAGAAUUUUUACAGUACUGGUUUCUGGAGAAGUCCAUCUCAAAAAUGAGAUUCCUUGAAUCAGAAUUCACAGAGAAUCACCAUACGUUAAACAGUUAUAGAUUAAGUUUCCGGCAAAAUUCUUGAUUAAACUCGAUUCGAUUCAUCGACAAUUCAAGACAAAAUAAGCUAGAUCCAUAUAUUUAUAUUUUUAAUCCAUCAUAAAUCGGAUAGAAGUAAGAAUUAAGAAUUAAGAAUUAUCUUACUUCAAAUGGGUAAAAAUUUAACUUUUUUUUUCUUUUUUCUUUUUGGCUUGUUGUUUAUAUUUUCCUUGUUUGUUUUUUUUGAAAAUUUCCCUCAUUUUCUUGUCAAUGUUGUUUGGUUGGAAAGAAAAGGAGAGUUGAAAGGGUUUUUGUGUUUUCUUUCUUAAAUUUUAGUGCUAUAAUUUAUGAGUUGAUGAAGCUACUGGAGAAAAUAAUCCAUGCUUAGUGGAUGUAAUGUAGAUUGUAUUACUGUAAGAUUGAGUUUGCUUUGUAAUUAAUUAGUGUGAAAUUUUUGAAUGGAAACACACAUAAAAAAAAUACAAAUCUUAUAUUAUAAUGAUUUUGUGAUUUUGCUCCUUCUUUUUUUAUAUUUAAUGUGAUUUUUUUUUUAAAAAAAAAUCAUUAAUUGAAAUGUCAAAAUAUUGGUUAGAAUUAUGAACAGGUAGUUGAACUGUUUAUGUCGUUUCUUCUCGUCUUUUUCUAAACCACAGCCACAGCUCCUCAACUUAGCUACUUUUCCUUUUGACAUCUUCCUCAAACAGAAAAUGGAUCAUUUGCAACAUAAGAGUUGGGAAACGACAAGCCGUCUGAAUUUGAUACCUAUAAAAAACUACAGCCCUUUAAGCGAGUUGUUUAUU